UGAGGCAAAAUAUUGGUUUGAGUAAGCAAUUUAUUGCAAACUCGCAAGGUAAAACAGGCUUUUCAUCAGCUGAUCAAAAGUUCAAGAUCAUAGUGCAAAUGAAAUCUGAAACCCCCAAAGUAGAAAUAAAAUGUUCAAAAAAGGACUCAGUAAUGAGUAGCUGCGCCAUUCUUCUGAAAACUUGGUUUGGGCAUGCUUGAUUCCAGGAGGCUAGUUGUUGCUGAAUGUUGCUCCUGGUGGUGAAGAUGGCUUCACAAAGGGCAUCUACUGUCUUGAAUUGAUCUCCAUUUUUGAAACUUCCCUUGUCAUCCAUCCCCAAAUGUUCUCAAUUAGAUUUAGAUCAGGGGAACAUGCAGGAUGGACCAAAAGAGUCGUGUUAUUUCUCUGGAAGAAGUCCUUUGUCAGGCGGGCAUUGUCAACUGCAGCAUUGUCCUGUCGAAAGAGUCGGUCAUUACCACACAGACUUCAAUCAUGAGGUAUGCGUCCUGCAACAUCUCCACAUAGCCAGCUGCCGUUUGAUGCCCCUGCAUAACUUGAAGACAUUUUUUUGGGUCUACCACUUGUCUUUUUUCUUCCAUAACCCUCAGGAUCUUUGAAGAAGUUUCGAAUGAUUGUCUUACUGCAUCCAACCACGGAAGCAAUGGCGCACUGCGAGAGGCCUUGCUUGUGCAGCUCAACAGUCCGACCUCGUUCAAAGAGAGAAAGCUUUUUUGCCUUUUCCAUCAAGAGAUCAUGACAGUGUGAAUACCUGACAGAAAAUGACACUCAAUCCACAUUUUUACCAAGAUUUUAGCUUUGAAAGGCUGUGGUCUUAAACUUUUUAUCAGCUGAUGAACAGCUUAUUUCACUUAAAUUCAUAAAUUGCUUACUACAUUUUUUUUGUCUAACUUCCAUUUCUUCUUUUUGCAUUUUGAAGCUCCACUUUGAACCUCCUUAAGAUCCAACAGUGCCAAAUGCACUUUUUUUCAACUGGUCUUAACAUUUUGAUCAGGAGUGCAUGUGAAGCAAGACAUUUUCAAAGGCUUUUGUAACAGGAUGUAAUACAGUUGAACAGGCCAAACUGAGACAUUUGGAAUUUGGACCCCUGACCAUCUGGGUACAUGAAGCCGCACACACACACACAGACCAACACACAGGCAGCGCGCCUUCUCCUGCUGGGCCCCGUCUUAUCCUAAUGGGAUUGCCAUGGUGGAAGUAUCCCAAUAAUGCAAAUAAUUAAAUCAGCAAGGACGCAAAGAAAGGUUCCUGCUCUGCUUGCUGGCAGCAACCCCGGCCAGACUGAACACUCUACCCCCUCCCACAGACAAAAAAAAAAAACACUGAGGGGACUAGAGGGGGAGGAAGGAGAUUUGCAGACAGACUCCAGGCGGAGGAAGGUACAGGAGUUGGAAAGGACCAAGUAACUGGCAAAACAAAGAGCAGAAAUGGGGCCUUGGAUGAUAGAAAAGAAGAGGAUUUUGCUUUCAAUUGCACUCAAGGAAGUUUGCUCAAAUCACACAAAAAUACACAAAUACCACCAGAGGAAAUGGACUCUUGAAAGGUUAUUUGUAAGCAGAGGAUUAACACAGUAUAUUAACUAUUGUUCAAAAGUUUUACUAGCUUUGUUGUUUUGGAUGUUUGAGAAGUUUCGUAUAUGAACAAAUAUACUUGGACACACAUCAUUAAACCUAGUUAUGCAACGACAAAAGCUUCCGCUCUGCUGGGAAUACUUUGGAGUGCGUCUGUGGGAAUCCAGUGAUCCAGAAAAAAAGUCUUGUCACAACUGAUUAGAUAUUAAAUGAUUAGAAGGAGUGUUGGAUCAACACUUUUGUCUAUUUAGUGUCAUUUUAAGAUACAAAUUAUUGGUGGGUGAUACUGCAAAAUUUGAUAUCAAUCAGGUACCAUGUUAAUACAGGGAAUGUAAUGCCGUUACUCAUACUGAUACUUUUUUUAAAUCAUUGAACAUACUGAAGGAUUUUGCAUGGAAUUUUGUUCAUAGUGAUUAUAAUUGGAAUAUAACAUUUUAGGUAAACAAAAAAAAUAUUUUAAUCACCACACUUGUGAGAAAUGUAACAAUAUACACAUGAAAUAUAAGAAAUGUAACAUUAAGGACUUAUUUCCUUACGUGACUUCUUGUUUAUAAACUAUAUAACAGUAUCGUCGUCCAUCGCCGCUUCGUGCUUCCAAUUUCACAGGUUUUGCAAAAGUUAAUUAGUACAUCAUGUUGUUCUGUAGUUGAAUACGGCUUAUUAUUACUUUAAAAAAUAUGCAUAUUUAAGACAAUUUUACAUGUUUUUUUGCCCAAGUUAAGCAUUUUCAAGCAUUAACAUGGCUAAAUGAACUGAAACAUACAGUAAAUAUACGGCAUUCAAAAAUGUAUGUUAUAUUCUGCAGUGGUCACUAGGUGUCAGUAAUGUUACUGUAAUGUUCGAUGAGACACACAAGCGUAGUUUUUUAUUGAAGGUUUGAAUUAUCUCACAACAGGCACAAUAAUCCCGAAAAAAACCACGUACCACUGCUGUGGCCGCAAAGCUGAAAGUCAACUCUGAACCCCCGUGUGAACAACACACUCAAGCACGAGUCUUAUUUAUAUCUUAAAGGAAAACUUUUUUUGGAAUUUUGCCCAUCAUCCACUGUAAGACAUGACCAUUUUAUCUGUUUUUAUAUCUUUAAAGCGCACAGAGAAGAGAAAGACGUGUGUACAUGUCUCAAAUGCGGAUUGUGGAUGAUGGGCAAAAUCCCCCAAAAAAGUACAGUUUUCCAUUAAAUGGCUUAUUUACUCUUAUUGUGUCUACUAUAUUGGGUAAUAUGAGCGUAAAGGUGAAUAUACAGGUGUUAUUUAAUGUAUUGAAGGAAGAUCGUAAACAGGUUUUCUAUGCUCUAACUACUGUACGAAAAUAUUCCACUUAUAAAUAAGGGAUCCUACCUCAAAUGCACAUAUAACAGUCAGGUUUGGAACCAAUUAACUACGAUAAAUGAGGGACUACUGUAUCUAAAUAUACAGUAACAUAAAUAUUCUGCAUAUAAAUAUACAGUAACCGUAUUAACAAUGUAACAAUAAGAACAACACAACAAAAACACGGACAUUUGUGAAAAUAAACUGAGAAGAGCAGUGAAAAAUAUCCAUCUCAUCACACUAGUUUUGAUUCGAUACUGAUACUAUUCUUGGUAUUGAUACAAUUGAUAGGUCCAUCCCUACUAGGAAUUGGGGAAGUGACAACAGGAAGAAAAUAUUGUCACAGCCUCUUCUGCACGUUUUCCUUGUUUUGCUUUUCUCUUCCCCCACACCCUCUUCAUCGUCACUAUGCAAAUAGUUACGUGGGGUUUGACAGUGUACGCUUUACCUGCAGCAUGACGCCCUUCCUGACCCCACUGACUUUACAAGGAUGAGCAAAUGAAGUAAGUUGAGGCCCUCUCUGCUUAUGACAGACCUGAACUUUUUUCUUCAUCCGUUAAGUUCCUCUACAUGACCCCCGUUACUCCUGCCCUCCCAUACCGGUCAUUAGUCCUUUGAACCUGCACUCUUUCUCCCUCGCUGCAACUCACGCAUGCCCUCCUCCUCUGGUCUUCAUCUGCUCCAUCUCUGUAAUUUACAGAGGAGACACACAGCCCCAAGGCCCUUUGCUAAUCAGACAGGGGGUGCAUGAUGUGUGGGGCUUGUUUUUACAGUUUUAGUGGAGAGAGGUGCCACUGAGACACUUUGUCUGGGGCCUGUGUGAAUAAAUGACAGGCCAGUGGGACCAGAAGAAAAUAAUAUUCUUGACAGGCACAGGAAGAAUUCAACAAUACUCCCGUCGCUACAAUAUCAUACCAAAACAGAAGAAUCAAAAUAAAAAAUGGAGGAAAUUGAGGAAAGCUAUACCAACAAACUGGUUUAAAAAUCUUUUAGUUUUGUCCAUUCUCCUUAAGUCUAUGGUGAAAGUCACAAAUAAAUGUGCAAGCAAUGGUUAGUUUCGGUUUUGAUAUUGGCUAUGUCAACAACUGCCUAUGUCAGCGUCAGUUGGCAGUCCAGAGGGCGUUGAGAUAAUUGAGCUCCACUGUACUUUGGUUUGGUGGACAUCUGCACUCUACUACUCCGAGUUAUAUUUAGUGGAUAUAGCAAUGCUACAACAUGUCUAACGUUGGCCUAAUACUUGUACAAAGUAUGUUUAUGUAUUUCUGAGGCCACAGCUGCGUUGUCUGCGCAAGAAUUUUCAUUAGCGUCGCUUGCCUUGGUUUAGUUGUGUGCGUGUCUUAGAAAGUGUAUUUGUGUAAUCACUGAUAGUGUCAACCACCCUUUUGUUUUUGCGGUUUAUGUAAGUGUAUAUUUUUGCAUGUUGCAGGCUUUUUUUUUUUCCUCUUUCCCGCCGUCCAUUGUCACCAGAUGUCCGUGCCUGGGAACAGAAGUGAACAAUGGUCACAGAGAGCCAAAGGGCAAUGGCUUGGGGAGUGGUGACAUCAGUCUGUCAUCUCACAGGUUUGUACUCCACCCGUACUCCCAUCCCAGCACAACAGUGCUUGUGAGCUGGUUGGAGCUGUUUCAAAAGUGUGCUCCAACACCCUAGGAAACAUCCAAAAAUGGAGGAUGGAGGUGAGAAUUGCGAUGUGCAACAGUAGUGGCAUCAGCUGUGUUUGGGUGAGGAAUAGGGUGGAGUGCAGCUGUCUAAUGUGUUGUUUUGAUACAGUAUCACGAGGAAGGGCUGAGAAUAUCCUGGAGUACAGAUAAAACCCAGGAAGCCUUUCCCCCAGCGGCCACUCGUUUUGAGCCAAACAAAAGAAAAGUCUGACUGGGAUCUUGAUGGAAGAAAGAUAAGUGUCUUCAUUAGAAAGUCCUGACAAAGCAGGGAAACACACGGAUCACAGGGGAAAAGAAGCAUACAGGCUGUAGUGUCAGUGGCGGUUUCAAUGUGAGAUGAGGCUGACACUGCUUUGUCACUCUCACCUCGUCAUUUUCCUCCCCUCAGCCUGACGGACGGUGUUUGGAGGAGACUGCGAGUACACACAAGCACCUGUGCUUGCUCACUGUCAGUUUGCAGAGUGACUUUUGUAAAUAUAAUGUAAAUAAAACACAGCGGCAGCUAUUGUGGUGCAGCUGGGGCUAAUUGAGCCUUGGGAUCCAUGAACGUAAACGCCACCCUGGCUGGGUCGGUGGCGAGCCAAAGAAUUACAUAAUUGGCCUACUGAGAGAACAACAGCAGGCAUGACACGUAUUCAGUGUUUGUGUGUUUAGGCUUGACCUCCCACGAAGAACCAGUAUCGCAUGAGAACGAUGAGGACAGGAGCGGGAGGUUAAGGAUGAGGGUUGCUUUCAGAGCGUUUGUUAGCCACACUGCAUAAAGGCCAAAACAAAAGAGGUUGAUUUAGGACAGCUCUUACUCUCAGGCUCAUGCUAUACUCUUGGGAAAUGCCUUUUAUGAAGUAAAACUAUAAAUUUACUGCAUUGUGCCUGAUUUUACAAAUGUUGUACCACUGAUUGAUAAUUACAAUUACAUUUGCUAAAUGUCUCUAGGAUCAAAAGGCCAGCAUGAGAAUGGGAAGCUGAAGGGUGUUUCUUUUUUUAAGAAAGCCUAACAGACAGGAAAUAUGGCUGUUAAAAGGUCAGUUGCAUGAACGACUACUGCAAAAAUCUCUGAAGGCCCACUUGAAGGGCAAAUGUGCCAUUUGGGAAGGAUUUUAGACUUGUAUCCAAUGUUACUUAAUUUCUAUACAUACAGUAUUCACCACUCUUUCCACCAUUCUGACUCGUUCUUUAUAUUCUUUUCGUACCGCCUCAGUGAGAGUGAAUAGAGACGCACAUUGAGCGUUACCUAAUCACGCAGGAAAAACUCUUGCUGAAAUGGUCUUUGUGAAUGAUGUAAGUCAUUGACAUUUAUGAAAAUGUGAGAUUUCACAGGAAGCAAUAAUGGGCAAAAAAAUAUCCAUUGUAGCUGCAUCGUUUUAUGACAUGUCUCCCAUUCUGAUGAUGCACAUGAUUUGAGAGUUUCAUUUAGUGGGAGCACUACAUCGUCACCCCUCAGAGAUGAUUUUGACUCAGGGAGGAUGCAAAAUGGCUCCAGCAAAACAUGCAAAAACAGACACAGGAAAUGAAGUACAACGGGCUGACAGUAGUUACUGCAAUGUGAAAUUCACCAGGGUCAACUAGCAUCAUAACUACUGUAUGGUCGCCCAUAGACAAAUUGUAUAGCGAAUGUUGAAAUGAAUCAUUAUGAUUAAUUCAAUUGUUUGUACGAUGAAGCAACAACCAAAGAUUGCAAGUAUUAAAAGGAUACAUAUUCACUGCUCAAUAAAUCGAAUUCAAUCCAAUUAAUCGGAUCCAGACAUCCAAAAAUAUUAACAAAAAAAGGCACUCCUCAUCAAAAUUUUAAGAUCAGUUGAAAAAUGUUCAGAAUUUGUACAUUCUUUAACAUUUUUAACAGUUCUAUGUGCAAAAUAACAAAAUGGGAGAGAGACAAAAUUUGUUUUGAGUUAGCAAUUUAUUGCAAACACCCAUUAAACUUAACUAGGCUGUUCAUCUGCUGAUCAAAAGUUUAAGACCAGAGCUCAAAAACUCACCAAAACCACCCUAAAAAGUAUAUAGAUAUUUUUAAAAGGACUCAGUAAGUAGCUGUGACAUUCUUGUUAAUCACCUCAAAAAUUGGUUUGGGCAUGCUUGAUGCCAGUGUUUUCGGGAGGCUAGUAGGAAUCCAGGUGGUGAAUAUGGCUUCACGGAGGGCAUCCACUCUCUGUCUUUUUGUAUACUUCACUUGCCAUCCAUCCUCAAAUGUUCUCAAUUAGAUUUAGAUCAGGGGAACACCCAGGAUGGUCCAAAAGAGUGACGUUAUUCCUCUGGAAGUUCUUUGUCAGGCGGGCAUUGGCAACUGUAGCGCUGUGCUGUUGAAAAAGCCAGUCAUUACCACACAGACGAGGGCCUUCAGCCGUGGUAUAUGUCCCCUGCAACAUCUCCACAUAGCCAUCUGGUGUUUGACGCCCCUGCACAACCUGAAGUUCCAUUGAAGGGGGAAAAAAACACCCCAGAUCAUGAUGUAAUUGUUGUUUGAAAUAAAUUGCUUACUCUAAAUAUUUUUUGUCCCAUUCCCAUUUAUUCUCUUUGCAUUUUGAAGCUCUACUUAGAACCUCCUUAAGAUCCAAAAUUGCAAAAUGUAAAUUAUUGCAAUUUUUCCGCUGGUCUUAAAAUUUUCAUCAGGAGUGUGCAUACUUUUUUUUUUUUUUUUUAAUUGCUAUCAUUCGCAACUUUCUUGGGCCACAUGGCAAGUUACUUAACAGUCACACUGUUGUCCUCAAAAAUGACCAUCAGUUAGGGUGCUUUAUUUGGACACCUGAUUCCACGUAAUGACACGGUACAAGGCAAACAGAUUAGUUUGUUACAGUGAACAAAAGCCGAGGCAGAAUUGAACCGAACCGAAUCAUACAAAAACUGAGGCGUUGUGACGAAUAAGCAUUGUGACAAACAAUGCUCGCAAAACUAUGCAUAUUGUAAUGUUUCCUUAGCUCACCAUUAUAAAAAUGUGAAGCUGUAACGUUUAAUCAUUUCGCUUUGGGAGACAUUGACAAUGGAUUUUAGCCCAUUUCCGCUUGAUGUUGCUUGUUUGUCCCUUAGGCUCAGAAAAAUGAGAUUUUGCAUACCCCUUUGUCUCCAUGUCUCCUCUUGAUGUCUGUGCUCUGUAGCUUAGUGGUUCAUUUGUGUCCCAUUGUUUGACUUGGGAGUUGCCUUUUGAUUCAAGCAAGGAGCUUCCUUUAAUCGUAGCAAUAGCAUGAAGAGAAUUUGGUGAAUUUUUGUUGGGGAGGGUUGGCGGGGGGAGUUACAAACAAUGUGUCUGUGGGACAUCCAUAACCCAGAGCCGUAAUGUCUCAGAAGUCUUUACCUUCACACUGAGACAAGUGACCCCCGCCUGCUUUGCAGCAUUCCAGAAGACCCUAAGCUGUUUGAAGAAAAAAAAAAUGACAAAGCGAUAAUGACUUCACAUAAUAAAACACAGUAUGUGUUUAUGUGGAGCUAAGCAUUUGAUACCACUAAACAGCAACACCCUGCAACCUGAUCGGCCACCUACAGUACAGUGCAUACAGUAUGAGAAGCUGCUUCAUCCACUCCAUGCUGCUGCUGAACUGCACAAUGCUGUUAUGGCUGUGAAAAUGACACUGCACUAAAUGUGUCAAUCACGGCCAGAUUGCUUAACAACAAAAUGGACGCAAACAUCUUGGCAUCUGGCCAUUGACUGGUAAGAGGAGAGUGAGGGCAGAACAAAGUGGAGAGAUGGAGCAGCAUCGAGAACUAAGGUAGCGCAACAGGAUAAGCUACUGUGAGGGUGUCGGUUUAUUUUUAUCAUUUCAAACCAUACAUCUUCAAAACUGGGGCCGAGUGGUUAGCAUGUUGGCCACACAGUCAGGAGAUUGGGAAUACCUUGGUUCGAAUCUCCAUGUGGAGUGGCCAUCUCUGUGUGGAGUUUGCAUGUUCUCCCCAUGUGAGCGUGGGUUUCUCCGGGUACUCCGGUUUCCUCCCACAUUCCAAAAACAUGCAUGUUAGGUUAAUAUGUACCCUGCGAUUGGCUGGCGACCAGUCCAGGGUGUACCCCGCCUCUCGCUUGAAGUCAGCUGGGAUAGGCUCCAGCUUACCCCCGCGACCCAAAUUAGGAUAAGCGGCAUAGAAAAUUGAUGGAUGGAUAACUUCAAAAUUGACAAUAACACAGCAAUGGCAAAUCCACUCAGGCGCCGCUCAUGGUUUUCAUCCCACAAAAGUAUUCUGUAUAUAAAGUAAAUUACUGAAUACUAGGGAUGAGCUGGAUACUCACUUUAGACGAGUAUCCGUUACAGAGAAUGCAUUUUUGCCGAAACGAGUACAGCUUGUCAUUAUCCGUAAUCGUGAUGAAGGAAAAUCCUCAUUGGGUAACUACUUUCUAUGUAUUCUCUCUUCACGCUCUGUGAUUGGCCAGUCACACACAGAGACCGCCCCUACCUAGACAGACUCGCUACAGCCAGAGAGAGGAGCCAUAGAAAGUAGUUACCCAAUGAGGACAGACACAAUACAGACAGUGACUCUCUGCUUGCUUGGCUCGACUCCAGGUGACGUUCUGUAUUUCCACCACGAGGCGCCUGCAAGCCUGCUUUUCAUUCAGGUUUUCAGUUAAUAAUGUGAGAACACUAAAAACAAAUGCAUUCUGAAAAUGUGAGUUGUGGAUACCAGCAUUUUGUUAAUGUUCUGGUAAAAAAACAAAAAUAUUCGCUUUGUUUGAUGUUGAAAUAAGCUAUGAAGAUGCAUGUAAUCUAUGUGAUCGGUAUCGGUAUCGGCCGAUUUCACUCGUGGAUGGUCGGUAUCGGUAUUGGCAGCGUAAAAACCUGAUCGAAGCAUCCCUACAGUACCCAUAUAGCUGAAUAUAAACAAUGUAUAUAGCAACUUCUGAUCAAUCCAUGUCAAUUUCAGACUUAAACUAAUGAACCAAUUUAAGCUCCACCCAUUUCAGGUGAAACCACACCCACUUCUGGUCUAUGCCCCGCCCACUCUGAGUACAGAUAUGGAUACAGAUCAUUUAGAUGGGUGAACAGAUACAGAUACAGAUAGUGGUGUACUCGCUCAUCCCUACUGAAUACACUAUCUACAAACUCAGUUACCCUUGUUAUUACACGUUCUUUAUUAUUUUCUUUCUAUAUUAGAAAAUUGUAACCUGGCACAUGUUAAAUAGAGGGAGUCAACUAUCAGUAUCAGUAAUUGAGAUGCAACAGAAACCUCCGCUUCCCUGUUUGGAUCUUCAGGAUCCAGUGUGUUUGUCGUGUAAACGAUCAUCCAAAAGGGCAGUUUUAUCCAUGUUCAGUUGAAUGCGAUGUCAUGCAAACGGACCCUCAAAAUAGGAAGGCUUAAACAGGCUUCCGUCUGGACAGCUUACAAAGGGUGGGGCAGGGACCUUUAGAGAUUCCCCCAUGUGUUGGACUUGAAAGUUUCUGUCUGUGUGAACUUUACAUCAAACGAACACGGGCUGCUGCUGGCGCUUUGAAGUGGCAAAGGGGAGCUCAGAGCCGAACACAGGCCUGCCUUGACAUGUUCGGGCUGGAAAUGGACUCUACCGCAGUAUGAAAAUGGCUCGUCGAAAGGUCUACUGAGAGUGGUACGAGAUCAAGGCUCGGGACAUUCCUGUCACCUGUUGAUGUAAAAACGUACUACUGUAUAGAAUGUUUUAUGUGUUGUUUAUUUGUUUUAUUUUUAACUGUUUAAGUUUAUGAUGACAUUUUUGCAGACAUUUUUGCUGGAUCUAUCUAUCUAUCUAUCUAUCUAUCUAUCUAUCUAUCUAUCUAUCUAUCUGUCUGUCUGUCUGUCUGUCUGUCUGUCUGUCUGUCUGUCUGUCUGUCUGUCUGUCUGUCUGUCUGUCUGUCUGUCUGUCUGUCCGUCCGUCCGUCCGUCCGUCCCUCCGUCCGUCCGUCCGUCCCUUUGUCCCUCCGUCCGUCCGUCCCUCCGUCCCUCCGUCCCUCUCUACAUCUACUGCAUGGACUGAUAAAAUAUGUGCUCCCCCUGAUGGUAUUUUAUGCUCAACAAGUUGUUGUAUGAAGUAUUCUAAAAGCAAGAAGGGAAUGGUGAAACGGCCACAUACUACUGCUCUUAUUUUCUAUUAUGGGAACAAUAGGAAUAGCUGAGCAUAGUGUAGUAUAUAGUGUUUUCAGACGUUUUCAAAUAUAGUAAAUACUGGCUUUAACCUUUACUGAAUUAUGCCGAAGUUUGAUGGAGUGACUGUAGUUGGGAACGGUUGUCUUCUCUCUGUGACUGACUAGCUACUAGUUCAGAGUGUACCCGACCUUUUGCCCAAAGUCAGCUAUGAUAGGCUCCAGCUCACUCGUAACCCUGAGCACGACAGGCCGUAGAAAUUGAAUGAACUCCAUGUCAAGAGGGGGCAAUGUAUGUCGUCAAAUAUGAUAUGUUGACUCAUGCAAAUGAACAAGGACGUCCUUUAAAUAAAGUUAGAAAAUACACUUUUGACAGUCACUUAUGUUGUGUCUUUAAAUAUGUAGUUAACUCAUGUCUAAAGACAAAUGCCAAAAUCAUGUCUUAAGGUACAGUAUGUACAGUUUGUCAAGAGGCCAGCCCCAAUGGGACAAAAUGAGAUGAAGCUGGCCUAGUUUAAAAUACCCUUACCAAUGAUCUACUAAAAACGGGACAAAAAAAUUUAAAAAAACACCUGGUGGUCGCUUUAAUGAGCACUCACACCUGUAUUUUUGCCACCAAACCAAAUAAUGCAAAGGUAAGCAUAUGCAUGUAAGUAUCGCCUUAACUGGAUAGCGUAUGGGAGGUGUACCUUGUCCGACAAAGGUUCCGCCUCCAAAGCAACAUGACGUCUUCUGGCUCAUAUUCGAUGGUAGGACUUUUGUUUCUACACCGGAAUUUUUACCAGCUGACGUUUUACCAGCUGAGACAUAUCGAAGAGGAUGCAAAUUACUUAAAGAUGUUAAAAAGUUUCCUGGAGAUGUGCUACAAGGAAAGAUAUGCUACGCCGUGUCUAACAACUUCACCAAACUGUAAUUAGCAACACAACUCCUUUGUUCAAAAGAACCAGGUAUGUUUACACGUGCGUGCUUACAUUUUACUCAACCAUCACCUUGUUCUGCUCGCAUUUGGUGAUAUUAUAUUUGGCGUUUCGGUGCAUUGGUGCGGCCGGCAUUUACACUUGCCUCACUUAGGAGUCAAGUCUGCUUGGAGGUGGACCAAGACCCACCUGUCAGAUGGUCUCAAUGCACCUAUUUGGUCCGGUCCUGGGUUUGGUGGACUGCGUUUGGGCUUGACAAAGCUGGCCUGUCAAAUCUUAUAGUAAUGUAAUACUAUUGUCAUUUACAGAUCAAAUUAAAGCCACAAAAUUAAUACGGAGUCACCUUUGUUACGAGCUCGUUUUCCUGAGUAAAGAUUAUAAUAGUGUGGUUUGAUGUGUGUGGGUCACAGGCGCAGCGUGUUUUUACAAGAGUAGCAACGUUUUCACACGCAAAAUCAUUUAUUGCUAUAUUGAUUCUGUGUUUUAUUAGACAUUUCAUCAUCCUCCACAGCCGCUACACCCCCCCACCUCCCCUUUAUCAAUGCCGCCCUACGCACUCGCGUGUAAUGCACAUGCCAGAAACCGCCACUGCCUUCAGGAUUUUGUGAUGGCACUAAAUCUCGCAAACUCAACCAAUUCUUGCACAUUACGCGCAACCUCGCAACUUUGUCUAAUCUAUAUGUGACCGGUACACAUUUUGGCCAAUCAUCGUCAUUUUCGCCAAUCGUAUUUCUCCCUGAGUAGUGCUCAAACGCAUACUGUAUGUCAAAUGUCUAACCAAUGAAAUGUGUGGAAGAAUAAAUAGGAAUCCUCAUCCUUGGUGCCCUCUAGAGAAUGGCAUCCUGGGCAAUUUCCCAUGUGGCCCAAAUCAAAAACCGCCACCGCGUGGAACUUUACUUAAAGGCAACUGCUGCCUCGAGCACGCCAACUUCCGAACAUGCCUCAAGCCUUAUACCCCUAUAGAUAACACACACAUAUACAACACAUGAUUGUUAUAUAUGUGUUAUAUAUGAUAAUGCUAGAUAAUGCCACUAACGUUAGCUAUCAUUAAAUGUAUACCCUAUUGUAACAACAGAUUGUCUGCAAAUAGCAAAUUGCUUCUCUGAGGCUGCUUUUGUGUGUGUGCACGCGCUACGGACAUGUAUGUGUCUACGAGGCAAGCGUCACCAUGAAUGCCAGCUGUCAUCUUAUUUGACUCGAAAUGAAGUGUCCGAAAUUGUUUACGCAGUUAAAUUUUUAAUUGUGUAAAAUUGUAUACGCAUUUUUUGUUCAAUCUGUUUUUUUAAACCACCAUUGAUAACAUAUGCUAGCCUAGGGGUCACCAACGUGGUGCCCGCGGGCACCAGGUAGCCCCCCACGACCACAUGAGGCGCCUGCAAGCCUGCUUUUCAUUCAGGUUUUCAGUUAAUAAUUUGAGAACACUAGAAAGAAAAGUAUUCUGAAACAUAAAAUGUGAGUUGUGGAUACCAGCAUUUUGUGAAUGUUUUGGUAAAACGAGCAUAUUUGAUCUGUUUGGGUUGAAAUAAGGUAUGAAAAUCAUUUCUACAAAAAUGAGUAGCUCGUGGCCAUUUUCAUUUUCUAAAAGUAGCUCUCGCAAGAAAAAACGUUGGUGACCCCUGUGCUAGACGGUGGUGGUGUUAUUUUAUGUUUUGGUUAAAAAAAUAUAUUUUUGAGGCAGUUGAUAUAAAAAAGUACCUUUAUUUGACAGGCAAAAGGACCAUGCGGAGCUCCACGGCUGGAGGGGGCGGGCUUUAGUUUUUCUAUGCACCAGCAUCCACUUACAUUGGCUGCUGCUCCACAUUGGAUAUCCCGCAUUCAUAAAAAAGGGGCUCCAUCUGACACGAAUAUCUUCCCCAGGAACAAGUCUCACUGUUCAUUUGAGCUGUACCUCCCCGCCGCCACGCAAACUCGCAGGAAAAAUGGCCAAAAGUGAGAGCCAAAGAAGAAGUUUGAAGAGCGAGGAAUUCUUCUUUGAAUCCGAUGGGUCUCUCUUGGAUCAGCAAGACCUGGAGAUGUCUAGUUAUUCUUUCAAUGACGUCUUCAACUCCAAAGACUCUCAAAUGGAGCAGAUCAACACGUUUCUCAAAAAUGUCCAAGUGUUGCUGGAGGCUGCUCGCUUUCUUGAGAGCGCCGAGAGGAAGGACGGAAAGUGUGAACACGGAUAUGCUUCGACGUUUCCGUCAAAUCAGAACACAAACUAUCAGAGGCAAAGGAAAUUCCGGAAUAAGAAAUUCAACAGCAACCACAAUAGGUCCACACAUAAUGAGCUGGAGAAGAAUAGACGAGCUCACCUCCGGCUGUGUCUGGAGCGAUUGAAGGCUCUCAUCCCACUGGGCCCGGACUGCACUCGCCACACCACUUUGGGCCUGCUCAACAAAGCCAAAGCACAUAUAAAGAAACUUGAAGAAGCGGACAGGAAGAGCCAGUACCAGCUGGAGUCUCUGGAACGCGAGCAGAGGCACCUUCAGCGCCAACUGGAGCUGCUGAGAGGAGGCGGCAGCACGGCCGGGGAGGGAGAGAGGAUACGCAUGGAUAGCGUGGGCUCCACCCUCGGCUCUGACCGCUCCGACUCCGACCAAGAGGAGAUUGAGGUGGACGUGGAAAGCACGGAGUUCUCCCAUGGAGAGCUGGACAGUGUGAGCACAGCUAGCACCAGCGACUUGGAUGACCACAGCAGCCUGCAGAGCAUGGCCAGCGACGAGGGCUACUCCUCCUGCAGUGUCAAACUUGCCUUCUCCUCCUAGAGGCUCCACGCCACCAUCACCACCACCGCCGCAAACACCUCCUCCUCCUCCUCCUCUUUCUCCCACUUGGCCAACUGCCUGCCCUCCCAUCUGGUAUAUCCGUGCACCCACCCGGCCCUGCUCACGGGCAUCCGUUCACCUUCGUCACACCCGCUUACAGCAUCUCCCUUGCCCUUCAGCAGCCUCCUGCUGCUCCUCCAUGCAGCUGAAACCCCCAAAGGAGGAGCUCUGAACAGAAAAUCCAAGACACCUGCAAUUUGGUUAAAUUUUUUUUUUUUUUUAAGAGAUUUGGAAAAGUAUUCGCUAGAUUUUUAAACCCACCCAAUUUGAAAUGAUUUUUAUUGUAUUGUCUUUGAAAUAUCCAAACCCUAAUAUAUCCUAAAAUGCACUUAACUAAUUCCAUAGUUCCAUGAUAACUCCAAGUUGGUGUCUUUAUGGUGUUCAUGCGUGGGUGUGCCAGUCAGGCCCGGCUAAUGGGAAGCACACGGAACAGCGACAUCAUCUGAUGCCCCCUCCGCCGCCACUUUAACUCUCGUCUUAUCUUGGACACUUGACUCGGUGCUAUUGUGAUUUUACACCAACAGGGAUGCAGAUGGGACACGCAACAGCAAAAGUGGCUCUGCUUCCAAGCUAGCACGGACCAAGACGACAGCAAACGUUAUUUCUGUUGAAUGUGGGUGCUCGCUGUGUGUGCCCCCACCCCUCGCCUCUCCACAGGCUAUCCUGCACUUAAAUACUUUUCAGCUGUCCAUAGACGCGGCACAAACCUUGGAACUACAGCAACAACAAACUUUUGAAAAGACGUCAACCUUCUUUCCAGCAGUAACAAGCAAUAACUCUUCAAGUCAUCACUUCACACUUACUCAUCUUUCUCCCUUGUGACCGUCCAAAAAGAAGCAAAUUAACAUUUAUUUUUUUUGUACAUACAAAUAGCUUAAUAAAUUAAUGUUAAAAAUGAGUUGGACAAAAAAAAGUUAGAGCUCAUGGAUAGAACUUUUGCCUCUGUUGCUGACUUGUGUUUAUUGUGCAUUUGAAACUCCAUAUUUGGAAGCGCAGUGGGCGUGGUUUGGACACUUUGUUGCUGGUUGACAUCCUCAAGUUACUAAUUGUGUUGCUGUCAUGUGUUGAAAAAGUUAUGCGAUGGAGGAUGCGGCGUUUAAUUUAUUACUACACAUGAUAUUCUCUUGGAGUGUGUGAGUGGGUGUGUGUAUGUGUGCGCGUGCGUGCGUAUGGCAUUCCACUGGUGGUCAGAUAAUCUGUGGAGGAGGAAAAGAAACGGGUUGUUUUGAUGUCCGAGUUAGCCACCCCAACUCCACUGGCAUUAAGAAUUGCACUUCGCCCACAGUUGAUUUUACUUGUUUGUGUUUCCUGCCAUCUUUCGUUUUCCAGCUCAUGAAUGAAUAGCGUGAGAAAUGUGUAAUAUUUAUUUCUCCAUCCCUCAAAGAACAGACGCAACGAGGGGAAAAAAAAAGUUAACUUAUUUUUGUCCUGUCUUACUUCAUUUUCCCCCCUCAUUCCUUAUUUUAACAACUGUAUGUAUGUAUGUAUGUAUAUGUAUGUGAUGCUUUACUGGUCUUGUUUUGAGGGAGUAUGUGUGUGGGGGGGGGUAACAUAAUGUAGCCAUUUUCUUUUAGUUUGGAUGUUUUAUUCAAUGGACACUUGAAAUGUAAAACGGCCCCUAAGCUGCUCCUAGUUGCUGAGCCCGUUGUCGAGUCACUGGCAGAUCUUGAGCCAGCUUCUACCCAAACUGGGGUCUAAAAAAAAAAGCCACUUUCCUCUUGUAGGAGGAUUGUAGUCUACUUACUAGACGUGUGUUUUAGUUGACAACGUGUGUCUUACAUUUACAAGCCCUCCAUAAGGACGAGAACAAAUCCUUUGGCUUCUCUGAAGGUGUAGUCGACUUUGAGGUUGUUGGCACUGAAUCAGAAAGUGACCACUUUGGUGCUCAAUCCUAAAAAGAAGAAAUGCCAAAACCACGUCCGAACACCUGUGUCCUCUUGCUCUCUCUCGCUUGCUUUGAGGGAAAGUUUACAUUCUGCCCCUUGUUUCCAUGUCUUUCUUAUGUUGCUUUUCAUCAACCCACGCUGCAUCGCACAUCUUCAUAAGCUGACUGAGAGUGUGUGUGUGUGCGUGUGUGUGUGUGUGUGUGUGUGUGGUCAACUUUCCAGGCGGCCUUAGCUGUUUUUAACAGGCUAGGCCAAGCCCAGGGAAAGUAGAUGUUGCAGUGUUUGCAGGUGGGGUUGUUCUUGUUUUUUGGAAACCACACUCCAUUCCAGUGUCGGUGAGGAAAACGGGUCCACGAGGUGAAGUUAAAGGCAACCAAACGAGUCCCUUGUGGGGAGUCGUCCUGUUGUUCUGAACCUGUGAUCAUCCUUUGUAAAACAUGCGCUCUGAUGAACGUGUUCUGUUGCAAAGUUGGAAAUGCAAUACUUAACAAUAAAAACAUUUUCAAACCUGA